AACUUCCUGGACGUGCUUUUUUUUUAGAAGAAGAAUCAAUUACAUUAUCAGUUAUUCUUGACGUACUUAGCUAGUACAUCGUUAGCAAGCAGGCUAGCUUGGGGACACUUGCAACGUGGAAAGGGGUGAUUUAUCUCUCUCGAAAAAGCUGUGAAAUAGAAUUCGUGGUUCGUGCCAGAUAAGGACAACUAGGGGGUUUAAAGCUUGAGCCCAAGGACGUACGAGUAGGCGAAGUAGUCGGACGAGACUGUGGUCGCACUAGGUGUAGGACGGCGAUGGCUUGUUUACCCCGGCCAGGGACCCUGGAUUUGGAAAACGUACACGAUAUGAUCAGCGGUUUCGACUCGAUAGCAUGUCGUGACUACAAAAGAAGUCUUCUCCGCAGAUAAACUGCAGUAGCUUAAGCAAAAAGGCCUCGUCUGAUGGAGGAUAAUAGUACUCCUUAAUCCGAGCACGGUCCUCCGCCUAACUGGCAGCCACCAGCCGAAGCGAGGGAAUCAAAACACCAGAGGAAUCGCGUAUAUUGUUAACGUUUCAACGUUAAAGAAGUGUCUCGUUUCAACUAGCUGGGAAAUUGGAUCCACAAAAUAUGCCAUUUUUGAAAAACGUGUAUUGCACACCACACAGUCCAUCGGGUUUCUUCGUUAUUUCUCUUCAUCAGGAAGGUUUUAUCGCAAUUAAGGGGAUUUAUGGGAUCGCAAGUCCACAUUUCUGAACAGCUGAUACGUCCUCAGCAAUGCCACGACACUGCCUGUUGUAUGGCUGGAAAUGUGCCCCAUUAAUUUCAACUCACUUGCAAUGUGAGGACUACCACCAAUUAAUUAUUUUCCGUGGCAUUCGCAACUGUGCGUUUAAAACCCUAAAAUAAAUUUAUUUUGCUUGUUGUCGCCUGGUCCUGUUCAACGAAUGGAGACCAAGUAGUCCCAUCCGUCAAAAACCAAACAGACAGAUUUCUGAAUACGAUAAGUUUCAUCUGAUGAGAUGAGUGUGCGUGCUGGCCAGGGUAGUGAUGAGGUGCUGGUGUCUCAGGCGGUGUGGGACUACCUGGCCGCCGCCGGGCGGCCGUGGCUCGUUGACUUCCAGGACCAGCAGGGCAUGAGCGCGGGCAUCGUCCGGCGGGGUGAGAGGGGGGGCUGCUGCGCCGUGAGGCUUCAGCCUGUGGACGGCUCCAGACGGGCCGCCCCUGGGGGUCUGACGGACGGGCCCAUCUCCAACGAGACCCGCAAAGCCUUCAUUGACUUGUGCCGCUGCGCCCGUAAAGAGAUGAGCAAGCUGGACGGCGGGCCCAAGCGGAAACGGAACCUGAACCUGCUGCCCUGCGUCGGCGUCCUGGAGGCCAGCAGCAGGGAGGGCAGUCUCCUGGCGCCGCCGCCCCCCCAGCCCCGGCGCUCGCAGCGGCAGCAGCAGCAGCGGUUCCGGAGGCCCACCGACGAGGAGGCGUGCGUCAUGCUCCACGAGGUGAGUGACCGGAAGGACCUAGAGCCCGGCACGGCGGCUUGGGGCGACGCGGACGCCAACAACGUCUGCUCCAUCUGCAUGGGGGACGUGGUGGAGAAGACCACCCUGGAGAGGUGCGGCCAUUCCUUCUGCCGCUCCUGCUUGGACCAGGCCUUCAAGGUGAAGAAGGCGUGUCCGGUGUGUCGGCUGGUGUACGGCCAGCUGAUCGGGAACCAGCCUGCCAAUGGUUCCAUGGUGGUGGAGAGAGACCCGGACCUGGAGCUCCCUGGACACGAGGGCUACGGGUGUAUCUGCAUCAUCUACAGCUUCCCCCCUGGCCUGCAAGCGCCAGAGCAUCCAAACCCAGGAGUACGGUACCCAGGAACGGACCGCGUAGCCUACCUCCCAGACAGCCCCGAUGGCAACCGUGUGCUGGGCCUGCUCCGGCGGGCCUUCGAACAGCGCCUUAUAUUUACCAUCGGUACCUCCAUGACUACUGGCAUGCACAACGUCAUCACCUGGAACGACAUCCACCACAAGACCUCGUUAUGGGGAGGGCCCCGCUGUUUUGGUUACCCGGACCCGACGUACAUGGUUCGAGUCACGGAGGAACUUCGGGAGAAGGGCAUCACAGCAGAUUGACCCCCUGGGAAGACUAUGACUGUGUGAAACCUUUUCCCAGAACUGUUACUGAGCUGGACUUGAUGAGGCUGCAGGUUCCGUUCUGAGACUAUCCCCGUUGGAAGAAGUCCAGCCGAAAAACUAGGUCCUCACAACCGAGGUCAAACUAAUUGACCCACUCGUUCCUCAGAUCCCUUCACCUCUCCUUCUCUUCUGGAAGUGGAAGUUCACCCUACUUUGUUUUGAAGGGAAUCCUUUGGAGAGCAUUGCAUUCAACCUGUCACUGAUUGCAAUUGGACUGCUCUCAUGCACUCAUUUAAAAAGUCUGUAGUUUUUUUCCAUGUUCACGGUACUCAUGUCUUAUUAAGGAUAUCUCAUUUGAAUGUUUAAAAGUUUAUUGGUGUUUUUCUUUAGGGGUAACUUCCCAAAUAGGAAUACUUUUUCAAACAUCCUUCGUGUUUGUCUCUCCAAUAGGGAUUGUUGAGCAAGUCUCUUGUUUUUUUUAUUAUGAAUUGCCCGUUAUUCAGUCCCUCCAGAAAAAACGUGAUUAUGCGAUCGCAUAAUUCAACGCAUAAUCAGCCAAGUCCGCAUAUUCAUGCAUAUUCCGCACUUUCACCGCAUAAAUUGCAGAUUUCCACGCAAAAUAUGCGGGGCUUGCAUGAUUUCAUAAUCCCCGCAUUUUCGUUGCAAAAAAGUCACAUAUACUUUAGCAGAAAGUUGAAAACUUGUUGCGGUUACUUCACACAAGAGCAGCCAUUUCCCCCUGUUGCCACGGGAACGUUAGGAAAUGACGUGAACGUCAUCGAAAAGCUGCAAUUUUCGCAAGUUCCCGCAUUCCCGCAAUUUUUGCAAGUUCCCGCGAUUUCAUCGCAUAAAAUUGCAUAAAUAUGCCGCAUUUUUUAAGAAAACGUGCCGCAUAAUCAAGGAUUUUUGGCCGCAACGAUCGCAGAAAAACGCCGCAUUUUUCUGGAGGGACUGGUUAUUGUAACAAUAGUGCGGAGGAGCACUUAGUCUAAUAGGAAAGUCGUUAAUUUUUUGUUUUGUUUAUAAUAAUCUAAAGCACUCACAGGCACUUUGGGAUAGGAGUAUGGUUGACGUUGAAAAAGCCCUUCUCUCUGCUUCCUCUCCGUCGAAGAGUGCUUGGGCCGGCCAUGGGCCCUGCGUGGCCCCAAGCUGUCGGCUUGGCCACACGUUGAUGUCACUUCGCUUGGAGCUCUUCUCGUCUGCGUUUGAUCUUCCUCAUCUCCUCUCUAUCUUUUGCGCUGAAUACGGAGAAUGUUAAUCGAUGUCUAAUUACAGCACCUUGGGUUGUGUCUAAAGGAAAACCUCCCUUAAGUUCGUUUUCGGUUCUAAACCACGUAGAUGUGUCCCAGGAUGGAGCCACGACAGAUCGGUAGUUGGCCUACUAGGAGAUCCUUACAAGCUACUGCUUCUCGAUUUAUGACGAUGUCAAACGUAAAGGGGAUAAAGACGACUAUAAAUACCAAAUCCAAGGCACAAACGCUCUUUAAUGAUCUAUGCCGAUGUUCCUGUCACGCAGAGGAGGUGGCGGGGGGCGAUGGCCUGUGGAUAUUCUCAUUUUAAAUGAGAAAUCAGAAAUAUGAUAACUGAUUUCAAAUUAACAUAUUGCAGGAACAAUUGGUAAUACAUAAUUGGUUCUUUGGUAAAUUUAUCUCAUUCGUGCCUUUCUUAUAUUCGAUUUUGAUAUAUAACAAAAUAAGCAUGUAUUACUAAUGAAUGGUUAGCAGUUCAGGUGUGCAUUGGUGUUAUUUGAUAGGUUAACAGCAUUAUCUUUGUUGUUGCUAUACCCGGCUUUCAGUAUGGAAAAAAUACAUACAGUUCAUGAUUAAUAUAUAUAUAUAUACUGAUGUCUAAAUUAGCUUUUUACUCAUAAAAAUUCAUGUAGUCGAAAAGCUAUAUAGAAAAGCUAACAAACCUAAAGUCGUAUGUGUGAAGGUGCUUUGCAAAGGUACAGAAACAUGCUUGCAAAACUGACUUUUUCUAGAUACCAACAUCCAAUAAUAUAUUAUUUUCCCAUCACAACAGAUUUUAUUUUGUUAUGGGACCAAUUCAGAUAUUCUUGGGACACAGGAUUGUAGUUUACUAAAGCUACCAUGCAAACAUUUCUAUGCAGUACAUGAAAGUGGCCAGGGGGGGACAGUUGGAGAGAUUGCACAUUGCAAAUUGAUUGUUGAAAAGUGAGUUUUGCUUUUCUAAUUACGUUGAUUCGUACUUGGUCUGUUCUGAAAUUCAAAACAAUGUGCUUUACAUUUUAAUACUUGAAUAAAAGUUAUGUUCUGUUUCCGAUUACGUCUGCUAGUAUUUGAAGACAUUUUUCAAUAGGGAUUUUGCACCAUUGGUGUCAGUGAUGCGGCAUGCUAUUUAUUUUAUGAUAUAUUCACACAAUUACUGCCAGUAAAGGUAUAAUCUGAAUAAAUAUUUGGAUUUGACGUUUUUUUAGAAUUUUAGAGUUAGUAGUUUCAAUAAGGAUAAUAAACACUAUACACUGCUUAUUGACCUUUCAGUGCCAGGAUCAAUGAUCAUAGACACAGGUGAAGUUCAUCAGAAAUGGGCUGCUUUAUAUGGCUCGGCCUUGAGGUCUAGAGUACUUCAAUGUCAUAAUAUUGAUAGGCCGACAAUAUUUAAUCUAAUGCAUACAUAUGAAUGCAUUCAUAGUUCAACCCAACACGAGCCUGUGUAACUCCAGUAAGAAUGUAACUAACAACCCUGGCAGCUCUAAGGAUUUCUACCAAUUGAGCCAUCAUAGGCCUACAUAGCCAUUGUAACGUGCAUGCACAUGUUAGCCUGACAUCGCCAAACCAAUUCGCAAAUGAGCUCGCACAUUAUUUUGUUUCCCUGAC